AUGCAUUCUUAUCUCGUUCUUCCCGCGGUGGUCGGGGCUUUUGCAACCCUGACCACUGCUAAUCCCGUGCACCCUUGGGGACCUCCUCAGAAGCCAAGCGGAUUCCCAUGGCCUCAGCCUGGGACUGGCACGAUCGGCCCAACCGCAUCGACAUCGGCAACCAGCGCAUCUGCGACAGCACCUAUGUCGACAACAUCGGCAUCAAGUUCAUCUGGUUCCACGGCUCCCGCCUCACCUACUUGCUCUGGCUACUUUGAGCCCUUGGCGCCCCCAUAUCUCAAUGAUCUGGCACAGGCCGCUGGGAAGCUAUGGUUCGGCAGUGCAACUGACCAGCCGGGCACAGGCGAGGAUACCAACAUCCUGUACCAAGAGAUUCUGAAUGACACCCAUAUCUUCGGCCAAAUCACUCCGGCCAACUAUAUGAAAUUCUUUGCCACCGAGCCUGAGCAAGGCGUCUUCAAUUUCACUGGUGGCCAGGUCGCUGUCGACAUCGCCAAAGACCAUGGCAAGUAUCUGCGCUGCCACAAUCUUGUCUGGAAUUCGCAACUUAGCGACUGGGUGAUCAACGGUACCUGGACCAAUGAAACCCUGACUGCCGUGAUGAAGAACCACAUCCAAACCCUGAUCACGCAUUGGCAAGACGUCUGCUACUCUUGGGACGUCGUGAAUGAAGCGCUCGCCUCAAACGGUAGCUUCUCUUCGAGCAUUUGGUACGACGUGAUUGGCCCAGAAUACUUCUUCCUGGCAUAUCAAUUCGCGCAGGAAGCCGUCGAGGCCACAGGCAAGGAUAUCAAACUGUACUACAACGACUACGGCAUCGAAGACACCGGCAACAAGACGCAAGCGACGUACGCACUGAUUAAGGAGGUGCAAGCCCGCGGCAUCAGGAUCGAUGGAGUGGGUCUGGAAUCUCACUUCGAAGUGGGCGGCACCCCGAGCCUGGAAGUGCAGACCGCGGCUAAACAAGGCUACAUCGCCCUGGGCCUGGAGGUGGCGGUCACAGAGCUGGACAUUCGGUUCGUCGAGGCCAACGCGACCAAUGCCACGGGGUUCGCGCUGCAGGCCCAGAACUAUUACGACAGUGUGGCCAGCUGCGUCCAGGUCGGUGGCUGCGUCGGCAUCACGGUCUGGGACUUUGACGAUCAGUACUCCUGGAUCCCCAGCUCGUUUCCAGGCCAGGGUGCGGCCGAUCUGUACAAUGCAGAUUUUACCCGGAAGCCAGCCUAUUAUGCCGUUGGCGAGGCCCUGCAGGGCGUCCCGUGCUCUGUUUGCUCCGCUUGA